AUGUAUCAAAAUGAUCAUCAAACAGUCAAAGCUUAUCUCGGCUCAAAUGCUUCUUCAAGCAUUAAAAUCAACGGUAGUUGCACAUUAAUUGGGUCUGGAGCAUUUCAAUCGAAAUCCUUCUCACAUGUUACUUUUGAUAACAACGAAAUGCUCAGCAUCUCUUCUAAUGCAUUUGCAUCAUCAACUAUCAAAUCAAUAACAUUUCCAGCAGGCUUAAAGAAGAUUGAUACAUAUGCAUUCAUGAAUUGCAAAAGCCUAACUAGUGUUGUAUUCCAAGGCACACAAAUUAAUGAAAUCCCUGAUUACUGCUUCUACAAAUGCUCAGCAUUAUCACAAAUUGUUCUUCCUACUUCGAUCACUAAGAUCGGAAGCUAUGCGUUCCAAGAAACCUCAAGCAUUGGAAACAUUGGUAUUUCAUCUAUGAAUGAUCUUGCAUAUAUCGGUUCAUACGCAUUCUAUCUAAGCGGACUUACAACCGCUGAAAUUCCUAGCCAAAGCCACACAGUUGGUGUUCAGGCAUUUGCAGGAUCUAAGAUCGAGAAUCUUACCAUUGCAUCCAAUAUAUCACAGCAGAUUUGUCAGCGCUGUACAUCUUUGAAGAACUUGCAAAUGAAAACAGGUGUUGAAUUCAUUGAUAUGUAUGCAUUUGAAGGUUGUACUUCCCUAACUGGAUUCACGAUCCCCAAAACUCUGACAAGAAUUCUUAACUUUGCGUUCCGGUCAUGCUCAUCACUUUCGAACAUUCGUUUGGUGUCAGACUGCACAUUUAAUUAUGUUGCAGGAGGAUGCUUCUAUGGUUGCUUUGAGCUGAAAACGAUCACUCUCAAUCCCAACGACGACAAGUACAUGUUCGAGAAUGGUGCACUUACAGACUAUAAUCAGACCAUCUUGUACUUCUUCCUCCCAUACAGCGGCGUCAAAAAUUUUGCAGUUCCAACCGAGAUGAUCACAAUUGGGAACUGUGCUUUCAUGGGUAGUCCAUCUCUUCAACGCGUUUUCUUCAGCGGAAACAAGAUUCGUGAGAUUGGAUACCAAGCCUUCAAAGAUUGCAGUAAUCUCAACUUCAUCUUCUUUUCAUCAUCGAGUUUGACAAAAGUAGACAAUGAAGCAUUUGACGGCUGCCCGUAUCUCAGGAAGUGUGGUUCAUUCCAAGCUCCAUUAGCACUUCAACAGAAAUUGAUUUCUAUCAAUAUUCCUAAAUCUGCAUUCUCCGAUGACUGUGACUUUGUAUUAUCAUGCAAACCAGUCAAUAAUUUUUCAUUCUCAUUAGCUCUUGUUACUCCUUUUAUUAUGAUGUAA